GUAGUUUCUGCCGUUUUUUAGUUUCGCGGUGCGAGUACGGUUUGGGAAAUUGAAAAACCGUACGUGCGGGUUGGUUUGAAAAAAUAGUCAAAAACCGCACCACCCGCACCGCGAACACUCCAAUUUUCAAGCAAGCAAAACGACACCGUUUAACCGCGUAGAGAGGCAUAUAAUAUAUUACAAAUGAAGUUUGGCUAUUGCCACGAAUCGAGAGAGAGAGAGAAUCAUCAUCAACCAUGGCGAAAGGAGCUAAAACCUCUCAAAAAUCUCGCUCAUCAUCCUCAGCCUCAGCUUCUGAUUCUACCCAAAUCACCGGAACACCUUCCACUAAGAAAAUGGUUUUGAGAAUCAAAACAACUGAGGGGACAAAGAGGUCAGCAAGAUUGAGUGGUAUGAACCAAGAGAGAAAGGUGGUAAAGUCAGUACAGAAGUCAAAACCAAAGAAUAAGAAGAUUAGUAACAAAAUUGAUGCCAAGAAACCCAAGAAGCCACCAACAGCGUUCUUCUUCUUCUUGGAGGACUUUCGGAAGGUGUUUCAAGAGCAAAACCCAGAUGUCAAAUCAAUGCGAGAUAUUGGGAAAGCAUGUGGAGUGAAGUGGAAAACAAUGACAUAUGAGGAAAAGGUUCAAUAUUACGACAUAGCCACAGAGAAACGAGCAGCGUUUGAUAGUGCCAUGGCGGAAUAUAUCAGUAAAAAGGAAAGUGGUGAAGAAUCCGAAGAUGAAGAAACUGAGGAUGAUUCAGAGUUGGGAAUAAGCUGAAAAUUUGGAAAAGCAAUAAUGUUCAUGUAGAGGUUGUAGUUAACAAGUUGUAUAUUGAUCAAUAUGGGACACUGGUUAAUUUCUCUUCUCAAAACUAUUGUAUAAUUUUUUUUUGUUCAUGUUUUUUAUUUUCUUUUUUUCCAUUGUAAAGAAAGAACUACUUUUAUCCAGUGGUAUGGAAGAUUGUAAUUGUAGGUUUCAUCAUUUAGUGAUAAUUUGUUCUUUUCAACUUCA